UCUUGAAGAAACAAAAGCUCUCCAAAGGAGAAGUGAAGAAAGUCACGAAGAUAGCCAAGAAGGUGGCAGAGCCAGAAGUAGAGCCAAAAUCAGAAUCCGAACUCUCAGAAGAGGAUGAACAAGAAUCAGAUGAAGAAUUCCAUUCUGCUGAAGAUCAAGAAGACCUCUCCGACUUAGAGAUGGAUGAUGAUGUCGAUGUUGCCGACGUUUCAUCUUCUGAAGAAGGUAAAGAAAGCGACGAUGAAAAUGAAGACGAAGAUGAUAGUUUCCCUACCAAGAUGAAGAAAAAGAAGAAUCUUGACGACGGAUCAGAAUCCUUUGCCACUGCAUUAAAUGCCAUUGUAGGUUCCAAAUUAAAGGCAUAUGAUAGAAAGGAUCCUAUAUUGGCCAGAAACAAAGUCACGUUGAAGAAGUUAGAGUCAGAUAAAUUAGAGAACAAGGCUAAAAGAGCUCUUUUAUCGGAAAAGAAACAAUUACAAGAUAAGCACAGAGUACGGAACAUACUUCCCAGUGCUAGUGAACCCGAAAAGGUCAGAGAGAUCAUACAAAGCGAAAGACAGCUCAAGAAAGUAGCCCAAAAGGGUGUAGUCAGAUUGUUCAAUGCAGUGUUAUCUACCCAGAUUAGAACCAACCAAGAAGUCAGCAAAGAAAAAGUGGGCCAGACAAAGAAAGAAGAGUUGAUGAACGAGAUUUCCAAGGAAAAGUUCUUGGACCUUGUUCAAGCCGCUGGCCAGUCGUAG